AUAAAAGCGUGCGGUCUGAAUCUCCAAUGAUCAACGACCGAUUCCUUUGAUCUGAAAGUGAAGUGAACAGAGAGAGAGAGAGAGAGAGAGAGAGAGAGAGAAAGCAUGGCGGCCUUCACCAAGCUAGAAGAUUCACCAAUGUUCCGAAAGCAGAUAAAUACUGUCGAACAGACAACAGAGGAGUUAAAAGAUCGCUGCCAAAAACUCCACAAAGGAUGUAAGAAAUUUAUGACAGCAGUUGGAGACGCAUAUGAUGGAGACAUUGCCUUUGCAGAUUCUUUGGAAGCAUUUGGAAGUGGACGUGAUGACCCCUUGAGUGUCUCCAUAGGAGGACCUGUUUUUUCUAAGUUCACUACGGCAUUUCGUGAACUCGGUUCUUACAAGGAACUUCUCCGGUCCCAAGUGGAUCAUAUGUUAUGCGAGCGUUUGAUUCAGUUCAUGAGCAUUGAUUUGCAGGAGGCCAAGGACUCUCGUCGACGCUUUGACAAAGCUUCACUUGCUUAUGAUCAGAGUUUAUAUCAGGCACGUGAAAAGUUCAUGUCAUUAAAGAAGGGCACACGAGCGGAAGUUGCUGCUGAAUUAGAAGAGGAUCUAAACAAUUCAAAGUCAGCAUUUGAGAGAAGCCGCUUCAAUCUAGUAAAUGCACUAACAAAUAUUGAAGGAAAGAAAAAGUUCGAGUUCUUGGAAUCUUUUAGUGCCAUAAUGGAUGCCCAUCUGAGAUAUUUUAAGCAGGGAUAUGAAUUGCUGAGCCAGAUGGAACCGUUCAUUCUCCAGGUUUUGACCUACGCACAACAAUCAAAGGAAAUGACCAAAAUUGAACAAGAUAAACUUGCAAAGAGAAUUCAGGAGUUCAGAACCCAGGUUGAGCUUGACAAUAUACAAUCUGCCAGUAAUAUGGAGGCCUCAACAAGCAUCGAUGGUAUCCAUGUUGUUGGUAUGGGUUCAUACAAAAGUAUAGAAGCACUGAUGCAGUCAACUGCUGAUGGACAGGUCGAGACAAUCAAGCAAGGUUAUCUCCUCAAGCGAUCUUCAAAUUUGAGAGGAGAUUGGAAGAGAAGGUUCUUUGUACUUGAUAGUCAUGGGACAUUGUACUAUUAUAGAAAUAAGUUGAACAAGGCAACGGGACCUCAAUCACAGCAAUCAGCUGGUCUGCCAGAGCAUGGUGGCGGUGUGUUUGGUAGAUUCAGAUUGUCACACCAUGGAUCAUCGUCUCUAAGUGAAGAUGCCCUUGGAUGCCGUACUGUUGAUCUCCGCACUUCAACAAUAAAGAUUGAUGCAGAGCAGACAGAUCUCCGGUUUUGCUUCAGAAUAAUUUCUCCACAGAAAACAUACACAUUGCAGGCUGAAAAUGGAGCUGAUAGAAUGGAUUGGGUUGAUAAAAUCACAGGAGUCAUUGCAUCUCUUCUAAAUUCUCCUUUCCCAGAAAAGCUUGGUUCUGGGAAGAUGUAUAUGGAUAGCAACACCUCUACAGAUGCUGGUGGUCCUAAUUCUCAUGCAUUGGAUGGUAACACAUGCAAUGCGAACUCAGAGGAUGGCGUGAAAGUUAAAGGACAUGAUUGUGUUACUGGAGUCCUCAAGAAAAUCCCCGGAAACAAUAUAUGUGCAGAGUGUGGUGCUCCUGAACCUGAUUGGGCGUCACUAAAUCUUGGAAUUCUGAUAUGCAUAGAAUGCUCUGGUGUUCACAGGAAUCUUGGUGUUCACAUUUCGAAGGUGAGAUCUCUAACAUUAGAUGUCAAGGUUUGGGAGCCCACCAUCUUAGAUUUAUUUGGUGCACUGGGUAAUUCUUAUUGUAACACUGUGUGGGAGGAACUCCUCCAAGUUCAAGAUGAAAGAAAGGACGAAUCAAGUAUGAUUUCCUUGUCUGUCACAAAACCUGACCCCAAAGAUGUUAUUUCGAGAAAGGAGAAAUACAUCCAAUCAAAGUAUGUUGAGAAAAUUUUUGUCAACAAAGAAAUGGCUGAGCCGGGUUUCCCUUCCCACGCCACCCGCAUAUGGGAAGCAGUCAGGACAAAUAACAUACGAGCAGCAUAUCGCCUCAUUGUGGCAUCAGAUGUGAAUCCCAAUACCAGCUAUGAUGAAGCAAAUGCCAGCAAGUUGCACCACCUAGUGGAGAUGUCAGAAAUGCAGAAUAAUUUUCACAAGGAGAGGAAGCAGCAUGAUCCAGUGCUUUGUCCGAGAAUUAAGGAUUCUGGUGAGCCAGCAAAUUGUCUGCAAAGUUGUUCCCUGUUGCAUUUGGCAUGUCAUGUCAGUGACCUUGUGAUGCUGGAGCUGCUGCUACAGUUUGGUGCUGACAUAAAUGCAUGCGACUUCCAUGGAAGGACUCCUCUUCAUCAUUGCAUUUCUAAGAGAAAUAAUACAUGUGCAAAGUAUUUACUCAGAAGAGGUGCACGUCCAUCAAUUAGAGAUGGUGGGGGGCUAACUGCAUUGGAAAGAACAAUGGAAAUGGGAGCCAUAACUGAUGAGGAGCUGUUCAUCUUGCUUGCUGGAAAUGAAUGAAAAUGUCACUUGCUCCGCCUGAAUUAGCAUCUUGUAACUUACAAUCCUUGACUUUGGAAUUGUCCAGUCCUGAUCCAAGCAAGCUGCGAUAGGAGUAUUUGAGCUACAGGUGUUUUGACUCAACAUGGUCUCAGCAAAUGGAGUUUGUCGCUUGUGACCCGUGACCCAUCUAAAGCUGGUGACAUCUCCAUCUUUUGACAAGAAAAGAGCUUUCAUAAUCUUAAAAAGCAUGAUUGGUUUGGGUGGAACAAUGCCACAAAUGUUAAACUUCCAGCAUCCGUGAAGGCUAGUAAUCACAACCUUUGGAGCAUGCAAGUGCUGAGCACUCGGGCUGGUGUACUACAAUCAUGGUUUGUAUUACAUGGUGAAUCCUCAAUGAGAAAAUAUUUAUCAUGUAAUGACCCAAAAUCAGGCUUUCCUGUGCCUGUGAAUUUUGCCAGAUGUGUGCAUGUGUUUUUUUUUUAUUUAAUAAA